AUGGCGUGGCAGUCAGGGGCCGGCGGCAGCGGCACAGGAGGAAUGGCAUCUGGAGAUUCGACCGGAGUCCAGGCAUAUACACUUCAAGGUGUUAUGCGAUUUCUUCAGACCGAAUGGCACAGACAUGAACGCGACCGCAAUGCCUGGGAGAUCGAACGUGAGGAGAUGAAGAAUCGCAUUGCGGUUCUUGAGGGCGAGUCACGAACGGGCAAAGGAAUACGAAAUUCCCUUGAAAAGCAUGUCAAACUUCUGGAACUUGCGUUGAAAGAGGAGCGUCAUAAACUAAAGAACAACGACAAGACCGGGCUCUCCCAAGACUCAAAGGACACGAAGGAAAGCGCACAAAAAGAGCUCAAGUCAAUCGCAAAAGGAACCUCUGUCAGAGGCUUGAGCCAUUUUGAUGCUGAAAUCGACGCCGAACAUCACCGUGCCCAAGGUAUACGACAAGAAAAAGAACGCGACAAGUCAAAAAGCUACCUCUCUAAGUGCUCCUCCGAGAUCAGGUAUCAUGUCCUCCCAACGAAUGCUGUGCCUCCCGACUCUAUUGAUCCCUCUCUGUCUUCAAAUGGGAAUCAUGUCUUCUCAGGCCGACAGCCAACUCAGCAAGAGCUUCAAGAAGCAUAUGUACAACUACAGCAAGUCAAACAACAGCAGCAACGCAACAUUGCCAUGAGCAGAGACAAUGCUGCGCAACAAUCACCAACAUUUGCAGAUCCUGCUGCACUUCCUCGUUCCAACACGCAAAUUGCCCUUGACGAACUUCAAAGAGGCCCUGUGGAAGUUCAAGUAGCAGAACACAACAACCAGUCUAUGCCUGCCUUCGACACAGGAAAGAACUUUUACAAUGAGCAAGGUCCUCCUACUGAAGAGCAGGUCGAAUCCAUAUCUCACAGCUUCGAUGCAUACGGUCGGGAGAUUCCUCAAAAAGGGAGCUCCGAACAAGCUGCGGUUGAGGGUGCAAAGCACGAAGUAUCAGAUGGCUGGGACUUUGACGAGAGCCCAGCGGUUCAGGAGAAGCUCGAUGCAAGCGCCCAACACAGACUAGACACCGAAACAUUUCCCAGUGCGAAUCUUAUUCCCUCCAAAUCGCCGCCACGCGCCCCCGGUUCAUAUCGACGAAAGAGCCUAGGAAGCAGACGUCGAAGUGAAGGGAGCAACGACGCGAGAGAAUUGGCCUUGAAGUCGGACGCUACACAAUUCAAAGUCCGCUUCGCGAUGCGAGGCCAUCUGGACGUCGUUCGCUCUGUCAUCUUCACCGGAGGAGGUAGCCCUGCGGAACCCGAAUUUUGCACAGCUAGCGAUGAUGGAGGCGUGAAAAGAUGGCACAUCCCAACAACUUACGCACACAAUGUCGCGCUCGGCGAUGACCUAGAUAGAAUAGCACACUUCACGCACCGUGGCCACGUUGGAGCCGUUUGCUCAUUGGCGGUAUGCCCGGCGUCAGGCAACUUCUCCAGCGGUGGUCGGGCUGCUGGUGACGGUUGGAUCUUUUCGGGUGGUGAGGACGGGACGGUCAAAGUCUGGGAGCGCGGUCGCGUCGAUGCCAAAGCGACGUUGGAAGGCCACAAAGACGCCGUCUGGGCGCUAUGUUGCUUACCCGGCACGACAGGAAGCAUCCUUGGUGACCGGUGCUCGCAGUAUGGAGGACCAGAUCGUGUCCUGCUUGUUGCCGGGGGAGCAGACGGGACCAUCCUCAUUUGGGCCGUGUCCACGCCGCCCCAGCUGACUUCACCGCCUGCUGGCAGUCGAUCUGCUAGGGGGAGUCGCAGGGCUAACUCGAUAUCGGCAGGCUCAAACUUCCCGAGUUCGCCUCAACCCAGCAUCGCGAGCACGACGCCAUUCAGUUACAGCCUCGUCCAUCGGAUCGAAAGGGCGCAGCAGCCAGCCCCGACGUCCAUCUGUCCCUUGGGUUUGAACGGCGAUAGUUUCGUUGUUAGCUAUCGGGACGCAAGUGUCCUCGUCUUUGACACACGAUCUGGCGAAGAGAUUGUCGGCAUGGCGAGUCAAGAAACCUACGAUGGAACUCCCGAUACGGGAAUCAACGCGGUUGUGGCUAGCAGUACUGGCUUCGACACGCGCGACUCUGUCGCCCCAGGCCGCCGAGGCUCGAUGGGUGAGGACGACGUCGUGCACGGAGCUACGGGCUCAGAAGGGGGCGUCGAAGGCGUGGUCAUUGCCGGCUAUGAAGAUCGAUACAUUCGCUUCUUCGAUGCUAAUAGUGGACAAUGCACCUAUACUAUGCUCGCACACCCAUCGGCUAUUUCAUCGUUGUCGCUGAGUCCCGACGGCAAAGAAUUGGUUUCCGGAGGUCACGACGCGAGUUUACGAUUUUGGUCUCUCGAAAAGAGGAGCUGUACACAGGAAAUUUCAAGCCACCGCAUCAUGAGGGGCGAAGGGGUUUGCAGCGUCGUUUGGAGCCCCGAUGGGAGAUGGGUCAUCAGUUGCGGCGGUGACGGUGCCGUCAAGGUCUUUUCGAGGACUUGA